CGAAUUUCUGGGAACGUGCCGGAAAAAUUUUCGGGAUAAACAACAAGUGCACGUUCUGUACUGUCUGCGUCCCGGAAAGUACAUUCUCGACGACCUAGCCGCGCACCAGAUUCUCGCGCAGGCACAGCAGCUGCGGAAUUUGUACACCGAGAAACUCGCGCUGACGACCUUUGUGGAGCGCUACCAACUCCUCGGAGAAAACAUUGCUGACGUGGCGAACCUGCUGCCUCCGCAGCAGCUCUGUCUCGAAGUCGCGCUGCAGGCCGGGCUCGCCCUCUCCGAAAUCCACUUCUCCAAGGAAAGGGUAUUUCAAAGAAGAUUCAUCAUAGUAAGACGAAGACUGUGAGGACUCAUUCGUGCAUCUCUAUCUGUGACUGUGAUGAACAUGAAGUGCAGCAAGUGCAGAUGGACUUGCGCAUGCACGUGACUUUUUCUACGUAUUUGCAUUCGUUUUUUUUUGCAGCAAGAUCAACACGCAAAAUUAGUAAACUGACUCUAUCACAAAACUCCCAGGCGACGGUGAACGAAGCGCGCGGCGCGCGGGACCAACCGAGAUUUGUCUUCUUGAAGAAGUCCGGGCGUUACGAGUUGGACCGGAGAAAGGCGGCGCUUCUGGACGCGCUGCUCCCGAAAAUUGCCUACAUCAAGUCCUACGUUCGCGGCAAGCAGGCCAAGGAGUACGUGAAACAGCAAAGAAGCUUGGCGAGAAAAAUUCAGGCGCUCACGCGCGCCUGGUGCGUGCGACACGGGAGAAGGAAAUCCGAAGAAGCAAAAAACCUCCUGGUCGGCAGCUGCCUCCUUCUCCGCCUCCGCAUUCGCGACUGGUGGCUCGAGCGCUGCGCGACGCGGCUGCAGGCAAAUUUUAG